GCAGAAUGGCAGCACGAUUGCUUAACGUUAGAAUCUCUGCAACAAAGGAAAAACUUAAUAUACUCGCUACCAACCAGCGGUGGGAAAACACUGGUAGCGGAAAUUUUAAUUCUCCAAGAAUUGCUCUGCAGGCAGAAGGAUGUCCUGAUGAUCCUGCCGUAUGUGGCCAUUGUCCAGGAAAAGGUGUGGGGUCUGUCAAGUUUUGGGAUAGAAUUAGGCUUCAUGGUUGAAGAAUAUGCAGGAAGUAAAGGAAGAUUUCCACCAAUCAAGAGAAGAGUAAAAAACUCCCUGUAUAUUGCUACAAUAGAGAAAGGACAUGCYCUGGUGAAUUCCUUGAUCGAAACAGAAAGAAUUGAUCAUCUGGGUCUAGUCGUUGUAGAUGAGCUACAUAUGAUUGGCGAGGGAAGUCGUGGUGCAACUCUGGAAAUGGCUCUUGCAAAAGUUCUCUACACCAGUAAAAAUACACAAGUCAUUGGAAUGAGUGCAACUUUAAAUAACGUUGGGGACCUGCAGAAGUUCUUGCGAGCAGAUUACUAUACGAAUAAUUUCAGACCGGUAGAAUUAAAGGAAUACAUAAAAAUACGAGACACUAUUUAUGAAGUUGACAGCAAAGCAGAAUGUGGCUUUACUUUUUCACGUCUCCUUAGCUUCAAGUAUUCAAGUAAUCUGGAGAAAGCAGACCCUGACCAUAUUAUUGCACUGGUGACUGAAGUUAUUCCAAAAUACUCCUGCCUMAUCUUUUGUCCCACUAAAAAGAACUGUGAGAAUGUGGCAGCAAUGGUGUGCAAGUAUCUGAACAAAGAUUUUAAAGCUCACAGGGAGAAAGAGAAGCAAGAUCUCAUUAAGAAUCUGAAGGCUAUUGGAAAUGGAAGCAUCUGCCCUGUUCUGAAGCAAACCAUUCCUUUUGGUAUUGCCUAUCAUCACAGUGGCCUUACUAAUGAUGAAAGAAAAAGUAUAGAGGAAGCUUAUUCUGCGGGAGUCCUCUGUCUUCUUGCUUGCACAGCGACUUUAGCUGCUGGGGUCAACCUACCAGCCAGAAGGGUUAUUUUAAGAGCUCCUUAUGUUGCUAGAGAGUUCCUGAAGAAGAGUCAGUACAAACAAAUGAUCGGCAGGGCAGGCCGAGCUGGCAUUGACAGUGCCGGUGAAAGCAUUCUCAUAGCACAAGAAAAAGACAAGCAGCUGGUUCAAGAUUUAAUUAGCAGUCCUUUGGAGAACUGUUACAGCAAUCUCCUGCCUGAGUUCAAUAAGGGGAUACAGAGCCUGUUGCUGUCUUUGGUUGGAUUGAAGAUUGCAGCAACCCUUGAGGAAAUCUACAGUUUUAUGUGCCAUACGUUGCUGGGUGUUCAGCAGCAGCUGCUCUCUAAAGAGAAGAGCCUCUGGGAUAUAAUUAAAGAAGGGGUAGAAAAUCUGAUAGAAAGCGGACUCGUGAAAGGAAAAUCAUCUGAAAAGGAUGAUAAUUCCCAAACGGUGCUAACAAUCACACAGUUGGGUAAAGCUACGUAUAAAGGAUCUAUAGACCUGACACACUGCAAUACCCUCUAUAGAGAGCUGAAGAAGGGUUUGGAAGGCCUCGUUCUUGAGAGCAACCUUCAUCUUCUCUAUUUGGCAACUCCGUACGAUAUGAUUGGUAACUGUAACCCGGACUGGAUGAUAUACUUGAGACAGUUCAACCAGCUAAGUCCAGCAGAGCAAAGAAUAGCAGAUAUUGUGGGGGUUCCUGAAAGCUUUGUUACAAAAAAGGCAUCUGGACAAGCUAUCAGAAAGAAUGUGGACAGUGCAGUUAUCAACAGGCUCUACCUGUCCUUCGUCCUUUAUAGCCUGCUGAAGGAGACCAACGUGUGGAGUGUUGCGGAGAAAUUUAAUAUGUCCCGAGGAUAUGUGCAAAGCCUCCUAACGUCUGCCGCUUCCUUUGCCUCUUGUGUCCUACAUUUCUGUGAGGAACUGGAGGAAUUUUGGGUUUAUAAAGCCCUGUUGACAGAGCUUACCAAACAGUUGACCUAUUGUGUUAAGGCAGAGCUCAUCCCCCUGAUGGAAGUAGCAGGCGUUCUAGAGGCCCGUGCAAAACAGCUUUAUAAUGCAGGAUACAAAACCUUAGCACACUUAGCUAAUGCAAAUCCAGAAACGCUCGUGAGGAUGAUUGAGCAUUUGUCACGACGUCAAGCCAAACAGAUAGUUUCAUCUGCAAAAAUGCUGCUGAGUGAGAAAGCUGCGGCAUUGCAAGAAGAAGUUGAUGAACUGCUGAGGAUGCCUGCAGAUACCCCGGGGGCCUGCUGACCAACUGGUUCAUUAAAAAAUCAUGAAGCCAUGA